GCGCAGAGUCUGUCAGUAAAGUUGGGACCUGGUUCGGGAUCAACACACCGGGUGGUACUUACAGUUCCUGCUGGGCUGUGUUUGUGUGACAGCCCACAAGUUUUCUUUCCGUGGAUUUGCGUGUGAGUCCACGCUGGAGCGACGGAGAAGCGAGCGCAGGGAGAAACCGGAUUCACGCGCGUGGACUGUGCAACCAUGGGAACGGUUCUGGGGGUGUUCUCCUUGGCGAGCUGGGUGCCAUGUCUGUGCAGCGGUGCUACAUGUCUGAUGUGCAGCUGCUGUCCAAACAGCCGGAACUCCACAGUGACUCGAAUCAUCUAUGCCUUUAUGCUGCUGCUGGGGACUGUCGUCGCCUGCAUCAUGCUGUCUCCGGGUGUGGACCAGCAGCUCAAAAGGAUUCCAGGCUUCUGUGAGGAUGGAGCCAGGUCCUCUAUCUCUGACCUCAAAGUUGACUUCAACUGUGAAAUGAUUGUGGGCUACAAGGCAGUGUACCGUGUCUGCUUUGGCAUGAGCGUAUGGUUCCUGAUAUUUUCCAUUUUGAUGAUUAAUAUCAAGAACAGCAGAGACCCACGUGCUGCCAUCCACAAUGGGUUUUGGUUCUUUAAAAUUGGUAUCUUGGUGGCAGUUACAGCUGGUGCCUUUUACAUUCCAGAUGGGCCUUUCAAUUAUGCAUGGUUUAUCAUGGGUUGUAGUGGAGCUUUCGCUUUCAUUGUUAUCCAGCUGGUGCUGCUGGUGGACUUUGCUCACUCCUGGAAUGAGUCCUGGGUGGACAGGAUGGAAACCGGCAACUUCAGGUGCUGGUAUGCAGCUUUACUGAUGGUGACAGUCCUGAACUACAGCUUGUCACUAAUUGCUGUUGCGCUGCUCUUCGUCUUCUACACUAAGCCUGAUGGAUGCUUCAUCAACAAGUUCUUCAUCAGUUUCAACAUGCUGUGGUGCAUCGUAGCCUCUGUGAUAUCCGUACAAAGUAAAGUUCAGGAAUACCAGCCUCGGUCAGGUAUUCUACAGUCCUCUGUCAUUACCCUCUACACCAUGUUUCUGACCUGGUCUGCCAUGACCAAUGAGCCAGACCAAACAUGCAACCCCAGUCUGCUGAAUAUCUUUCAUCAGAUUGCUGCUCCCACACUGGUGCCUCUGCAGACAGAGAACCAGACAGCCGUGGUGAUCCUCCGCACAGAGGAGCCCAUCCUAACAUCACCUUACCUGCAGUGGUGGGACGCUCAGAGCAUUGUGGGGCUGGCAGUGUUUGUCCUGUGCAUCCUCUAUUCGAGCAUUCGUUCAUCCAGCACCAGCCAGGUCAACAAGCUGACCAUGGCCUCCAAAGACUCAGUCAUCCUCACCGAGAGCGGCAGCACCAUGGAACUGUCCGAGGAGGUGACGGGACCCAGACGAGUGGAGGACAAUGAACGCGACAUGGUCCAGUACAGCUACUCCUUCUUCCACUUCAUGCUAUUCCUGGCCUCCCUCUACAUCAUGAUGACCCUUACAAACUGGUACAGCCCAGACACAGACUACACUGUAACCAGCAAAUGGCCGGCAGUGUGGGUGAAGAUCACAUCCAGCUGGGUGUGUUUGGCCCUCUACAUUUGGACAUUGGUGGCCCCAAUGAUCCUCACCAACCGUGACUUCAGCUGAUUACAAUCUCUGCAUUACACAACACUUACUACAUUCUUUUUUUUUAAUCAACACUGACCAGAUUGCCUACAUUGUCAAAGGUGACACUUUUUUAUAUUUGGCUGGAGUUUAAUUGUUUUAUACCUUUUGUUAAUUACUAUAACCAGAAGGUAAUUUGAUUGAAAUGUGCCAUUGCGGCUGCUUCACCUACAAACAUUUAGAUGUCGGGUAACAGCCGCUCGUCAUGUGGGCAUCAUGUUUUAAAAUGUGUUUUCAAUUGAAGCAUAAACUAUCAAGAACAGUACACUGUUGAUGUUAAAGCACAUGGUGCAAAGUUUAAUGUCAUGACUGGAUUACUCAACAUUCAUCAAGUUAUAGUUAUUCUUUUGUGUGAAUGCAUAAAAACCUUUUAUAUUUUGCAUGAGAAUCUUAACAUCUUAUAAAUGUCCUGUAUUAGUGCAGCAGGUAACUGAAAUAAAUUUUCAAAUGGUGGUACACACACCAAAUUUGCCAAAAAUAAUAAUAAUAAUAAUAAUAAUAAUAAUAAUAAUACUUAGGUGUUACUCUUUGAAAAAGCCAAGAAGCCACUUGAAUUUUCAAGAUAAGGGGGAAUAAAAUAUGAAAAAUGGCCGCCGUUCUGGCAUAUUGAUUGCACAGAAUCCCACCACAUAGACCAAUUUUGAUGAUCUUGGUGCCCAAAUGUAGGUUUUUGACGACAAAGAUGUUAGUCCUGUCUGGGCCCUGAAAGCCAUUAUGCCAGUUCUUAUCCCUGUAUAUCAUGGCAUG